AUGUCCGAGUACAUCGAAUACAACUGGCGCACCAGCACAACCAUCGAAGAAGCCCUUAGAAACUCGCGCAAACCGAACGACCAAAAUCACAGAACCAACGCCCUCAAAGACUUACAAAAACUUAUCCAGAGCUACGAAGAACCCCUGCCACAAGACGAGAAAACCCUCCAGAAGUUCCUUCACGCGCGAAAGUACGACGUUCCAGAAAGCUUCGAACUGUUCAAGAACUACUUUUCGUACCGCAAGCAGCACCCGGAGGUCUUCAGCAACCUGACCUUGGAAUCCCAGGAUAUAAUCUCCGCUAUAGAAAAUGGACUACCCGGGGUGUUACCUCAGAAAGAUCGCAAAGGUCGAAGCGUUUUGGUCUUCACGGGCGCCAAUUGGGACUGCAGCUACCCCUUGCUCAGCAUAUACCGAGCAUUGUGGCUGAUCCUGGAACGUUACAUCGAACACAUCCACAACCAGACCAACGGUUUCGUGGUCAUAGUGGACUGGACCGAGUUCACCUUCAGGCAAACCUCCAACCUCAAACCUUCCAUUCUGAAGCUGAUGAUCGAGGGUCUGCAAGACUGCUUCCCAGCCAGGUUCAAAGGCGUCCAUUUUAUCGGACAAUCGUGGUACGUGGAGAUGGCGCUGGCAGUCAUCAAGCCUUUUUUGAACGAGAAGAUCAAAGAGAGGAUUUACGUGCACGGGAAUAAUUUGAGUACGUUACACGAACACGUGCACAAAGACGUUUUGCCUACUGAUAUGGGAGGCGAACAGCCCUCCUACAACCCAGAGACUUUUUUGGCUUCUUUGAGGGUGAAGGGUGAUGUGAAGAAGUGA